AAGAUGAAUUUUGAAACAAAUCAAACCUGAGAAUUGAAAGUAAGCUUGAUUUAUUUUGUAAUUUGAAAGAAGUAAUUACACUUUAUUCUUAAAUUUCCACUUAUUUUAGUGGGUAUAGUAAAAAAAAACAAAUCGCAAAGUCAUGGCACAGAAUUUGCAGAAGAAGCCUUCGAAGGGUAUCUUAAAAACAUCCCGUAGCGUAGAUGGGCAGGAUGGAAUGCCUUCUACAAGUAAACGACCGAAGGAGCAGAGAUUCGAUGAAAUGAAUAUAAUGGAAACGUUUCAUCCUCCAAAUAAGGAUUAUGGCCAUAUGAAAGUGGACGAACCUAAAACUCCAUACUCGGAAGCCAUGGAUAGUGAUAUGGAAACUAAUGAUGAAUUAGAUGCUAAUAUUUUGGCAGCUAAGUUAGCGGCAAGUAUGAAUAAACCGCCUAAAUGUGUAGAAAUGAGCGAUAAUGAAGAAGACGAGCCAGAGGAUGUACGACAGCGAAGAUUAGAAUUUGAAAAAAAGAGAAAAACGCACUACAACGAGUUCCAGGCAUUACAACUGGCAAGACAGUUAUUGGCACAAGAAGAAGAAGAUGAAGCGGAGAGAGAUCAGGCUACAAGCACCUGACUGCAGUCACUUACCAUUUAUACCGUAAAAUUUAAUAAUGCCUAUAUUAUUAUAAUUAUUGCUUCCUGAGCUUAAACUUUAAAUUUGUGUUCUGACCAGCUUCGAAAAUAGACCUUCUAAUUACAUAGUCAGAUGCCUAAAAUCCUAAUUUAUUGAUUGCUUUUUUACUUUAUUGUUAUGAACAUUAUUCAAAGUAAAUUAGAUAUAUACAUAUAAACAAGUUGGCUCCCUGUUAUCACUUUCAGUAAUGUUUGUUUGUUAUGCAAUGAUAACACUUUUUCAAAUACAUUUGAAUUGGCAAUAAUAUGGUGCAGAAAGAUUAUAUGUAUACUAUAUGAGAUUAGAUUAGCAAUAACUUCAUGUUUUUGUUUUUGUCUCUUAUUACUUCCAACACAGUACAUAAUAUAUUUGCUCAGUUACUUACAAGUCUUAUAAUUGUGUCCUAGAACAAAUGUUAUAGAUUGGAAAACAAAACAAAAAACAUUUCAGAAAAUGUGUACAUGUGUUUUUGUUUGUUUGGUUAAAGAAGGAAAAUUUAAUCUAAUCGUUAAAUAUCUUUCUUUAAUCUGUAAAUGUUGUUUCAGGGUUAUUUCAGCGUUUACUAGGUAAAUUCACCUACAUGUACCUAAAUGCUUUUUGGGUCAUGAUUUAAAAUAUACUUAGGUAUAAAAUAGCAGUGAGUACUGCACCUUUAUCAUUAAUAUUUGUUUAUGUAUAAUUUGCCGUCUUUCCUGUUAAAUGAUAAAUUUAAAAUCAUCGCACAAUAUAAUUAGUAUUUACAAUUUUUAACACAAGUAAUGUAAUAAAAAUGUAUUCUUCAAUAGGUAUUUAGGGUCUGUUAUUUUGAUAGAUUAAUAUUGUGCUAGUGCAAGUAAACAAACUAUUUUUACAAAUUUAAUUUAUUAUAAUCAGGAACAAUUUGCAGUAAACAAAUUUUGGCAUAGAGUAAAUUAGGAUUGUAAAUAAUAAUUAUUAUAAUUUGGUUGGGUGGGCACAGGAGGCUAAAAAUGCAAUUUUGCUUUUCAAGCUCUAGUCAUCUGAGUAUAGUAAAUAAAAAACAGAAGAAGCAUUGUCAUAAUAUGCACACAUUUCAUCAAAAUAUUUUAGUCAACACAACAAAGUAAUUGGUUUAAAAAGUAAUGACAUUUUAAUGUUCAUUAGAUGACAGAAAAUGAUUAUGUUUUACAUUGACUGAUGCAGAAAUACUUGCUUGUACAUCUUGUAGUAAAGCCCCAGUCCUACUUGUUGAAUUAUAAGUAGAGUUUUCUGUAGAAAGUUCAUUAAAAAGUUUUAAUUUUCAUAAAAGUAAGUUUAUAUUUUGAAUAAAUAACUUGGGCAUCAAUUAAUAAAUUAUAAGUUACGUUGGAGAUUCAAAAUAAUAAUGUAAAAAUGUAAUAUAGAAGUACAUCUUGCUUAAAUAAUAUCUACAUAAAAAGUCAUGCCAUACAACAAGAUUAUUUUUGUAUAGAGUAUAAGGCAGUUGGGGAAAUGUGCCAAUAUUAAUGAAAUUAUGUGUACAUAGUAAUAUUCUCUUUACAAUUUUGUACCGGACAUAUUAAGUGUUGGUUUGACAAAAAAAGGAUACAAAAUUUAUUUUUAAAAUUUUUACCAAUUGGUAAAAAAUAAUUUGUGGUUAAAUUUUGUUGUAGAUUUAAACUAUUGCAUAAACCCUAAAAGACUUUAUUUGUAUGGUAGUUGCAUUACUUUAUAAUGAAAACUUAUUUAGCCUGAGUUUUAUUAGAAGAUAAUUAAUGGCUUAAAUUAUUACUUUUAUAAGAAAAUCAAGAUAAAACCAACAUUAAAUUAGUUUUUUCUUGAUUGUUUGAUUGUUGCUUGUUCCUGUUUAACAAUAUGGGAAAGUCAAAAUUUUGUGAUUAAAUGAGCUUCUAAAGUAUAACUAAAGGCUAGUUAUUUGCUUCUUAGAAUUGAGCCAUACAAAGAUUAUUGUAAUAUUUUAAAGAUGACUAAAUAUUAUAAUUAUGUAAAU